AUGGUUUCCGUGACCAUCACCUACAAGCAGCCCGGGACGCAGCCUCCCAUCUUUGUCGCCGGCUCCUUCUCAAAUCCAAAAUGGGAGCCCCAGGAGAUGGACUUCACCACCGAAGAUGGUGGAGAACACACGUUCUACAAGAACAUUGAAGUUCGGCCAAACACGCAGAUCGAGUACAAGUUCCGUGUUGGUCUAGGGGACUGGUGGGUUCUUAACGAGACUGCAGCUAUAGUCACCGACGGAUCUGGCAAUCGUAACAACCUCCUGACAGCACCUGCGUCUCAAGAGUCGAAAGAACUCAACGGUGUGAACGGCGACAGCCAACCUGCAAGCGAAAACGCCUCAACUUCCGAAGACGUGAACGCGUCAAAAGCUGCCACAGAGCAUACUGCUGCCCAGCUUGAGCCGAAAACAAAGCUCCAAGAUUAUCUCAAGGACGAGGAGCGGCAAAGACUUUCGUCGACCCCGAUCGGCCAAGUUGCGGACACCGCCGCAGAGGUCGCUGAUACCGCCGAGAAACUUGACGCUGAGGUCGACAUGUCUAGACUUGCAGCGCUCCCCAAGGGCGUGGAGCACCUUAAGGACGAGGAAAGGGGGCGUCUGUCUUCGACGCCGAUUGAACAAGUUGCGAGCACUGCGGCUGAGGUUGCCGAUUCUGCCCAGAAGCUAGACGCUGAUGAGGAUCUUAAGGAAGAGGACUCGGACGACUGUCCUGCACCUUUAUUCGCUCACGAAGCUCUUGGACCCUACGAGCCUUCAGCUGAUGACGAAGAUGAAAUUCCAAAGGACUACGAUCAUCAUGGCACUGUGGAGUACGAUGUCGACGAGUAUGACCUCAAUGAUCCCACCCUCGAGCGGUGGCCCUCUAACAGGGACGGAAUCAUCGAUGCCGUGCGCAAGGUCGAGACUGGGCGCAACGAGGAUCAGACUGCUUUCUAUGGCGCGCCCAUUUCACCUAUAAAUGGAACACGCCGGGCCAGUUCUGAUCAAUACUUCGAUGAAGCUGUCCUUUCGUCUGGCCCCUCUAGUCCGGGCUCCACCAAGAGGCUGGAGCUUCCGCGAAAGUCACACGGCUCCAUGGUCUCGGACAGAUCACUCCUUUCUCUGGGAUCAAUCGCCGAAGAGGAUAAGGAGACUCCGAAUGCCGAGGAGGCCAAUCGCGAGGAUGAGGGCUUGGUCAGAGUUCCGAGCCCCGCGGUACGGCCAACGCCGCAUGCUUUUACAUCUCCCGGGAGUGAUGAUGACGAGGGAGUCGUUAUGAAAGGCUCCAAAUCCAGGAAAAGCUCAGAGUCGUCAAGCUCAGAUUCACCUGCUGCCAACGGCCAGUCCAACGGCAAGCAGUCAAGGGAUCUGUCGCCUAAGACUCGCCCCGCCGAGCCUUUGAGCCCUGCCAUCCGCGUUGAGCCGCCCCAAGACAGAGCAAGCUCCAGUGUCAGUCAGGACGGCGAACUGGCAAGGGCUUCUGCUUCGAGCCCCGGCGGCGAGGCAACGACCUCCGGCCGCGAUGGUGGUCACAAAGGCCAGCUCAAAAAGCGCGGGCCUGCAUCGACCGAGCGUCCUGGAACCCCUUCCUCGAUACACAGCGUCGCAGACAGCAAAGGAGGCUGGCUCCAGGCCUUCUUCCGCGUAUUGUUCGUAGACUGGAUUGGUGGACUGUUUAGCCGGUUGUUCGGCAGCAAGAGAAAGGCGUUGACUUUUGUCCGCAGGAUGCUGGCCACGAGCACGGCUGCCAUCGUUGUAGGAGUUGCAUGGUGGAAGUUCGCCAUGGGCGGCGACUUGACCUGGCUUGAAGCAUUGAUCUGA